UUUUGAAGUGAGAGGAUUGAGGACAACACCAUUAGAGCAAGCUUAUAAAUUGAAGUCCUUAUUUCUUGUUAACCCACCAUCGCCACUGCCCACCGGAGAAGAAGAUCUAGAAGAGAGCACAAGCUUUGUUGGAGAAUUGUGAUUGGCCACUGGCCAGGCCUCACAAGGAAGAGAAGAGAAGGGGGGGAAAUGCGUGGGCAAGUAACGAAUGAAUUAGAUGUGGACGUGCCCGUCGACGAUAUCUGGGCGGUGUACGGCACCCCUGUGCUACCCACCCACAUCGUCCAGCUUCAGCCCGAUGUCUUUCAGAAGGUCGACUUUAUCCAUGGCAAUGGAGGCGUUGGCACCAUUCUAUACGUCCAACUUGUCCCAGGGGCACCGGAACCACGUACUUGGAAGGAGAAAUUCAUUAAGAUAGACGACGAGGAGCGCUUAAAAGUGAUACGAAUGAUCGAAGGAGGAUACCUAGAUCUUGGAUUUACCUUGUUUGAGUACAACACACAAAUUAUAGAGAAAGACGCUGAAUCGUGCACAAUCAGAUCGACCACAGUUUUUGAAGUUGAUGAGAAAUUUGAGGCCAAUGCGGCUCUGAUUAAUGCUACUUCUGCAUAUGGAUUGGCUAAGGCAGUUGCAAACUAUGUCAUUCAGAAGAAAGCUAAAGCUUGUGACGUCUAACUCUCCUUGUUUCCUUGUCUGAGCAUAAAGUCGUUGGGUUCUUGCAAAUAUAUUGAAUAAAAUGAUGUAUACUCUGUGGUUAGAUCAUGGGUGUUUGAAAAUAGCUAAAAUCUAUGCUGCAGAAAGAGGUGAUACUGGAGGAGCCAUGAAUUCUGAUAAAUACCAUGAUUGCUCACCGUUUUUUAUAA